AUGGAAAAACAAGUGAAUUUGUUGAAGUCAAGAAAGAGGGUGUCCGAAUUGGAAGCUGAAAUUGAGCAGUGGGCUCAACUGCUACGGCCCAUGAAAUCAUCAUCAACAAACAUGGCUAGAUUUCUGAGUUCAGACCUUCAUAGUACUACCAAUGUCUCCUUCUCUCACAUUAAGAGCAAGGAAAUAAAAUAUCAUCACGUGGCUCCCUUAUUGUUUCAAGCAUUUGAGAUGGUUCCAUACUUGGUGGAAAUCUCAUACAUAGGGGUGGAAGGUCUCUUUUUCUCGUACUACACUGAUAAUGAUGAUGCUCUAGCUAUGUACUCCAACUCAUCAUCUACUUGGGGUGCCUCCAAUAUAACCUACAUUCAACCUGUGAAUCGUGAAACCGGAGAAGUUCAUGGGAAAGCCACAAAUAUAGUAUCUAACCCCUUUAUGAAUGCAAGUUGGAUAGAGGAAGCACUUAACAUGUCAAGUGGGUUUUCCUCAUUGGGAACCAAGUGGGGCAAUGAUGAUCUUUUGUUCCUCAGUUCAGCCAGAAUCAUGAGAAAAGGAGUGAUCUCUCUUGGAUUUUCAGCAGGAAAAAUAACUGAUUUUGUCACUCGCAUUGACCAACAACAUGGCACAAUGUCCUAUUUAGCUACCAAAGAUGGAAAAGUUCUUGUGGGAGGGAUUCAACUUACCCAUUUGGUAAUUUCUGAUGAUACAGUUUUGUUCCAAUCAGUGAAUGCAAACAGUGAUUCCACAAGUAAUGAGGGCACUGUCUCAUGCAAGGAUGAAGCUGCUGCUUCUAGUUUCAUUAUUCGGGAUACUGCCUAUUCAAUUCACUGCCACACCAUCGAUAUAAUGGGAAUAGAAUCGGUGUAUGUGAUGGCUGUCCCGAAAGAUGGCUAUGCGAGCAUUGAUCGGAAUUACAAGAAAAAGGGAUUGAUAUUGUUUGUGGCAACGAUGGUUACAAUAUUUAUUGCUUUCUUCAGUUUUCUAUAUGUUACCUGUACAGCCUUGAGACGAGAAAUGCAUCUGUGUGCGUCACUAAUCAAACAGUGUGAAGCCACCCAACAAGCUGAGAAAAUGAAUAUGAAUAAGAGUGCCGCUUUUGCAAGUGCCAGCCAUGAUGUUCGUGCUUCUCUCGCAGGCAUCACCGGUUUGAUAGACAUAUCUUCUGAGUUGGUUGCCCCUGGUUCAGAAUUGGAGACCAAUUUGAAACAAAUGCAUGGUUGUACCCAAGACUUACUAGGACUGUUGAAUUCUAUACUAGACACAAGCAAAAUAGAGGCAGGAAAAAUGCAACUUGAAGAAGAGGAGUUUGAUGUGUUCCAUCUCUUAGAAGAUGUAGUUGACUUUUACCAUCCCGUGGCUGCGAAGAAAGGUGUAGAUCUCGUGUUGGACCCUUGUAAUGGUUCUAUAGUGGGAUAUUCACGGGUGAAAGGUGAUAGGGGUAAACUCAAACAAGUUCUGUGUAAUUUAUUGAGCAAUGCUGUGAAAUUUACUGAUGAGGGUCACAUAGUUGUGCGCGCAUGGACUCGGAAGGCAAGAUUAUUGCAGAAUUCGACAGUCACUUGCAACCAAUUUGAGUUCAAGCAAUAUUUAUCAUGUUUAUUUCGUAACAAAAUCGAAGCACGUGGUGAUGUCGAAUCCACACGUUCAAUCCAAGGAGAUCCGCAAUCUAUGGAUUUUAUAUUUGAAGUGGAUGACACAGGAAAAGGAAUUCCUAAAGAGAAUUACAAGUCUGUGUUUGAGAACUAUGUCCAAGUCAAAGAUACUGCUAUUGGCCAAGGAGGAACUGGCUUGGGACUUGGGAUUGUGCAGUCGUUGGUGCGUUUGAUGCAUGGAGAUAUUGAAAUUGUGGAGAAGGAUACUGGUGAAAAAGGGACAUGCUUCAAGUUCAAUGUGCUUCUCACUGUUUGUGAGUGCGAGGCAGUGACUGAUGGUAGCAGAAAGGAAGGUAUUGGGUGUGGAUCGGGAGAUGGAAUGCAAGCUCAGGGGCAAACCGUGCAUGCUUCAAGUUCUGGUUCUUCUAGAAUUUGUUCCAUGAGUCCUAGGUUACGUAUUUGCAGCUCUAGUCCUAAGUCUGAGGCUUCCCUAGUGGUUCUUUUGAUUGUUGACGAGGAGCGCCAAAGGACUUCACAAAGGUUCAUGGAGAGGUUAGGGAUCAAAGUUAAAGUUGUGAAUACUGGGAAACAUCUGUUUUAUACUCUCAGGAAGAUCAAACAGAAGGCUAAGCAUUCUAGUGGCCAAAAUUCUCCAGGGUCUUCAGAUUUGAGUUAUUGGUCUACACCUCAUAGUUCACUUGACAUAUCCACAAGAGUUCCACUGAGUUCUAUGGAUGGAACUGAGCAUAACAUGCCUUUAGUUUUCAAGAAAACUGAUAUUGGAGCAUCCCCCGGCUUCAUCCUUAUUGUGAUUGAUGCAAAUGCAGGAUCAUUUUCUGAGCUUUACAUGAUUGUAUCCAGCUUCAAGAAAGACCUUCGCAACCCUUGUAAGGUUGUGUGGCUAAAUAAGCCCUUUAUGCGUAGAAUCAACUUCAAGGCCCUCAAUCAAGAUGACAUUGUCACUUCCAAACCAUUUCAUGGUACUCGUUUGUUCCAAACCAUAAAGCUCCUUCCUGAAUUUGGUAGUGAUUGGCAAAGCAAUUCCCAUAGAGCUAAUAGAGAAAGGACUAAUGAGAGAGCUAAAUUGAAGACUUACAAGGAUCCAGGUUUGUUAAAAUACACGUCUCCUCUGCUGGACAGAUCACAAAUGUCUUCAACUGAUGAAAACACAUUCCAAAGUGCUGAACAAAUUUUGAAGGGUAAACGACCAUCCAAGACAAAACUAACUCUUGUUCAUCAAGGAGAAAUCCAAGAGUGUGAAAACUCAUCAGGGUGUCACAAACCCUUGAGUGGUAAGAAGUUUUUGGUUGCUGAUGACAGUGCAUUGCUACGAAAGAUAGCUUCAGUUACUUUGAUUUCUCUUGGUGCAAGCAUGGAGCAAUGUGAAAAUGGUGAACAAGCUGUGAGGCUAGUUGAUGAGGGUCUACCUCGGGAGUUCCCUAAUCCUCCUUAUGAUUACAUCUUAAUGGACUGUCAGAUGCCAGUAAUGGAUGGGCUUGAGGCAACAAAGUGGAUACGAAAGAUAGAGAAAGCGUAUGGUGUUCACAUUCCUAUCAUUGCAUUGACAUCUGGGACCGAAAGAAUAACCAUAAAGAGUGGAAUGGACUAUCAUAUGUUGAAGCCAAUUAACAAAGAGGAUUUACUUAAAGCAAUCACAUAUAUAAAUGGUAGAGUUUGA